AUGUUUUCAUUUGGUAAUUUAUUUAGAAAAAAUACAUCUUCUACUCCAUCACGACCUAAAGGAAAUUCUACUUCUAAUGCACCAAUUAAUCUAAACUUAAUUAAAACACCAGAAAUUAAUGGAGUUACAUUUUUUAAUGAUUACCAAGUACAUUGUUUAAGUUUUAUUAAUGACCUUGGAAAUGGACUUGAAAGUAUGAUGGACUAUUCUCCUGAAGCAACAAAUAUUGCUAUUAGAAGGGCAGAAGCUAUGGACCAAUCAUUAAAACGAAUGGAAUUUCUUUCUAAUGGCUUAGAAAAAUAUUUAAAUGAAAUGGUUAUGAUUGCACAAACUCCUAAACCAACAAUUUCUACUGAAAUAACACCUUUUAAAAGACAAAGAACAUUAGAAAAUAUGAUCAUUUCUCAAGUUAAUGAAUCAGAAAAUAUUUCAAAUAAUUAA